UACCCGAGGAAUGACAAUAUCUAAUGCCACCGUGAGUGUCAAACUAAAGAGGAAAACCCUGAGUGUCGGCGGUGAACAAGUAUUGGGUUUACGAAAGUUCAGAGUUGUGUUCGACACAGGAAGCUCUGAUUUAUGGGCUCCAUCUGAAAGGUGGCCUACAUCUACAUGUGUAUUUCCCCAUCCUUUAUAUAAUGCCAAAGCAUCUAAGACGCACAUGACGAACGGAAAAGUGGUAACCGUACGAUAUAAUGAGGCUAAUGUCAAGGGUAUUCUAGCACAGGAAAAUGUUAUGAUUGGUGGACUUUUACUUGAAGGACAAGAUUUCGUACAAGGGACUGUGCCCAGUGAUUUUUUCAAAACAGUUGUGUUUGAUGGCGUUUUAGGAUUGGCCUUUCCAUCUCUUGCUUUGAAGGGAACAGUUACAGUUUGGGAAAACAUGGUGAAGAAAAAUUUAAUUAGUAAGCAUGUUUUCUCUAUUUGGUUAAGGUCUUACCAUGGAGAUGAACAACAUGAAGAUCCAGAUGGUGGGCAAAUAGUGUUUGGGGGAUUUGACCCCAAUUAUUUCAAGGGAGAACAUGUUUAUGUUCCACUUCUGAAAGGGCUAAGGAAUUAUUGGGAAAUUACAAUGUCUAGAAUAAUCAUGGGUAAAGAACCAACUAAACAUUGUGCUGCGCAGUGUACAGUAGUUAUUGACUCUGGGAUGACUGACAUCUUAGGUCCAGCGUUAUAA